CACAGCAAAAUUAAAAAAAAGAAAAAAAUUGGAAAUUUUAUCCCCAAACAAAAGAGAGAAAUCAAACUAAAACACAAAUUCAGUGGCUAUGGUGGUGCCCCAUAACGAACCCAUUGGUCCAAAUGUCCUCAUUGUUUACCCAUUGCCACAUAAAAAAAUAUUAACAAUUCCGUCGUCUUACUUGACCGUAGGCGCCAAACAUAACUGACACUCAUCGCCAUUCCUCCUCUGCCAGCCAAAAUCACAGCUCCAACUCGCGCCACUCAGCAAACUUCAACUUGUGCAUAGAAAGUCCCCACCUUUACUGUUCCAGGUGCAGUACCCAGUUUGACCCAGUUCUUACUUCCUCUUGAUUUGUUUCCUUCUGUUUGAUUGAGUGUCAGUGCGAAUUGGGUCAGUUGAAACUCUUGGUUUCUCGAUUGAGCCUAAUAAAAUUUCAUUUUGGUUAGUGGGUCUUGCUCUUUUGAUCGCAUAGUUAACUGGGUUCUUUAGUUUAAUGAGAAUCGAGGACUUCUCCAGGGUCGUCUCUCGCAUUUCAUUCUGAGUGGGCUUCGUUUCUUUGAUGUAUAUUUUCUCAGAAGAGAAACUAAGUUUUUUUUUUUUUUUUUGGAUUUCCUCUGUUAAUCGAUAGAUAGAGGGCGAGCAUAUUAGCCAUGGCGCCCAAGGGUUUGGAUUACGAACACCUGAACGAAAACGUGAAGAAGGUUCAGUAUGCUGUGAGGGGCGAGCUGUACCUUCGAGCUUCUGAGCUUCAGAAGGAAGGAAAGAAGAUCAUUUUCACAAACGUUGGCAACCCUCAUGCUCUUGGACAGAAGCCACUGACCUUCCCUCGACAGGUGGUUGCUCUUUGCCAAGCUCCCUUUCUACUGGAUGAUCCUAAUGUGGGACUUAUGUUCCCUGCUGAUGCCAUCGCAAGGGCUAAACAUUACCUUUCCUUGACCUCUGGUGGUUUAGGUGCAUACAGUGACUCCAGAGGCAUUCCAGGAGUAAGGAAGGAGGUUGCAGAAUUCCUUCUCAGACGCGAUGGUUACCCAAGCGAUCCAGAAUUGAUAUUUCUCACUGAUGGAGCAAGCAAAGGUGUGAUGCAAAUCUUGAACACGAUCAUUAGAGGUCCAAAUGAUGGGAUCCUGGUUCCAGUGCCACAAUACCCACUUUACUCAGCUGCAAUCAGUCUGUUUGGUGGUACUCUUGUCCCAUAUUACUUGGAAGAGACGGCAAACUGGGGUCUCGACGUGAAUGACCUGAGAAACGCGGUUUCUCAAGCUCAAUUCAAAGGGAUAACUGUGAGAGCAAUGGUGAUAAUCAACCCUGGAAAUCCCACUGGUCAGUGUCUUAGUGAAGCGAACUUGAGCGAAAUACUGCGCUUCUGUUAUCAAGAGGGCCUUGUCCUCCUUGGAGAUGAGGUUUACCAGCAGAACAUCUACCAGGACGAACGCCCAUUUAUCAGCUCUAAGAAGGUCUUGAUGGACAUGGGUCCGCCUUAUAGCAAGGAGGUUCAGCUUGUUUCGUUCCACACUGUGUCUAAAGGAUACUGGGGCGAAUGUGGGCAGAGAGGUGGAUACUUUGAGAUGACCAACAUUCCUCCAAAGUCAGUUGACGAGAUAUACAAGGUUGCAUCAAUUGCCCUCAGUCCAAAUGUCCCUGCUCAGAUAUUCAUGGGGCUGAUGGUCAACCCAUUGAAACCUGGGGACGUGUCUUAUGAGCAGUUCAUUAGGGAAAGCAAGGGGAUCCUCGAAUCACUAAGAAAAAGGGCUCGGAUUAUGACAGAUGGCUUCAACAGCUGCCGCAAUGUGGUCUGCAAUUUCACUGAAGGUGCCAUGUAUUCGUUCCCUCAAAUACGGUUGCCACCCAAGGCGAUCGAGGCUGCCAAGAGUGCUGGUAAAGUUCCUGAUGUCUUCUACUGUCUCAAGCUACUGGAAGCCACAGGCAUCUCCACAGUGCCCGGCUCAGGAUUCGGCCAGAAAGAAGGGGUUUUCCAUCUGAGGACAACCAUCUUACCAGCGGAGGAAGACAUGCCAGCUAUCAUGGAAAGCUUUAAGAAGUUCAAUGACGGGUUCAUGAAGCAGUAUGAAGAUACCAGGGGUUACUCCAGGAUGUAAAGUCCCCACCCUCCACCACAAUAUUGCUAUCAUCAUUAUUAUUUCAGUACAACACAGUAAAAGACUGUUAUCACGAAUUCACGAUGAUGAUGAUUAUAUUCUUCUCUGGCUUUUUUUAUCCUCCCAAAGAAAGCCAAUUUCCAGAUAUGCUCUCAUUCCCUCCCUCUCUCUCUCUCUCUCUCUCUCUCUCUUCCUAUUCCCAACUAAAGAUUUGCAUCUAUGUAGCUGUAAAAGUCUGCAACUUUUCACAAAAUCUCACAUUGCAUGUCUGCACUUGUUUUUUUUUUUUUUUUUCUCCUUCUUUUACUUUAUCCUUUUGCUAACUGGAAAGGGAAGUUGGAUGGUUGUGAUAUGUUUGGAGGGUAGACAGUUGAGAUAGAGAAUCAGGAACAUGCUUUGAUCUCAAUCACAAAAUGGGAACUUUUUUUUCUACUCAAACAAGUCUCUCCACAUGGGGCUUUCUUAUUUCAGAUUUGGGAACCCCAAUUUUCCUUGUUUUUUAGCUUGCUUUGCACAUGGCUUGUCACAAAGGGGGCUGGGUGAAGCAAGAAAAUGGAGGUGUUUUC